AUGGUGCUGGGGCUGGUGGUGCUCAUCCCGGUGCUGGUGAGCUCCGCCGGUACCGACGGCCGGUACGAGAUGCUGGGAACCUGCCGGAUGGUUUGCGAACCCUACGGCCCCGCCGCCGCCCCCCCGCCGCAACCGGCCGACCGCGGCCCCCUCCCGCCGCCCUCCACCCUGGUGCAAGGUCCCCAAGGCAAACCGGGGCGAGCGGGGAAACCGGGACCGCCGGGACCGCCGGGAGAACCGGGACCCCCGGGACCGGCGGGGGCGCGGGGCGAAGCGGGACGACCGGGACCCCCGGGAUUACCGGGACCGGGGGCUACGGGUGCCGUGAGCGCGGCCACCUACAGCACGGUACCGCGCGUCGCCUUCUACGCCGGCCUCAAGAACCCCCACGAGGGCUACGAGGUCCUCAAGUUCGACGACGUGGUCACCAACCUGGGCAACAGCUACGACGCCGCCUCCGGCAAGUUCACCUGCGCCAUCCCCGGCACCUACUUCUUCACCUACCACGUCCUCAUGCGCGGCGGCGACGGCACCAGCAUGUGGGCCGAUCUCUGCAAGAACGGGCAGGUCCGGGCCAGCGCCAUCGCGCAGGAUGCCGACCAGAACUACGACUACGCCAGCAACAGCGUCAUCCUGCACCUGGAUGCGGGGGACGAGGUCUUCAUCAAGCUGGACGGGGGAAAGGCCCACGGGGGCAACAACAACAAAUACAGCACCUUCUCUGGCUUCAUCAUCUACUCGGACUGAGCCCAGGCCCACGGCAUCGCCCCACAGUGCUCCAGCCCCACGGCAUUGUCCUGUGGUCCCCCAGCCCCCCAGCAUCCCUCUGCAGCCCCCCACGGCAUCACCCCACAGAUGUCCAACCCCACGGUGUCCCCCAGUGACUGUCAGCUCUAUCCCUCUGCCACGGUUUGGCCCCAUAGAAACCCCCCAGAGGUUUCCAACCCCACAGCAACCCCCCCCUCCCACCCCAGUGAUCUCCAGUGACCUCCCAGCCCCACGGCAUCCCCCAUGCUGGUCCAGACCAUCUGUGGUGCCCUGA